AUGCCCCAUCCAGGAAGACCGAAAGGUCGAAUGAAUAAAAAGACUCAGGCAGCACAACAAGCGCAACACGAAGCAAUGGCACGAGCGCAAGCAGGUCACGUCCAAGCACAACCACCGCACCAGCACUAUCAACAGCAGCAGCAGCAGCAGCAGCAUCAGCGCUUUGCCCAGCCUGCACAUCACCAACACCACCAACAAAGUAAACAUUUGCAGGGACAAAAUGUCGUCAAGGAAGAAGCAGGCAUCCAGUUGCACGAUGAAGCCGAUUUGAUCCAGUACCGGCCCGACGCUAUGCACAGAUACAUCACCAACCACGAGUACAUUGAAAACGUCACCGCCAAAGUGGUCCACAGCUCAAAGAUAAUCCCGCCUUCGCUAUACCCACCAAUUCCGAAACGAGAUCCUCAAGAGUACUCCAAGUUGAGUCCCGAGGAUAUUUACUAUGGCGACAUAAACUUUAUGAAGCAUGUCGACGCCGAGCUCGUCAAGAGUUUGGCGGUGAUGAGACAAAAAGACGAUCCGGGGUUUGUACGGUACUUGUUUACUUGUCCGCAGUACCAGUUCCAGGGCAAAGCUUAUGAUGAUUUGCAGAAUUUACAGACAAAUCUUGAUGGUCCAGCUUCAGUGGACGGAAUAAGCGUGGAGUACGACAAGGUGCUUUUGACAUCUGAGGAAAAGUUUCAUAAAGUCUACGAGACGUUGCGGGGCACAAAAGAGUAUGCGGUGCUGAUAGACAGGAUUGCGCCCGGGGUUGAGGUUGCUUGCGCUCCUGAAAAUUACGACCCAAAUGAAGUCAUAGCUCAAAUGCAGGCAAACAACGGAACCAAGGAAGAGGAAAUGGAACCAGAGUUGGGACCCGAGUUGGGCCCAGAGUUGGGACCAGAGUUGGGACCGGAAUUGCAAACAGAGCCACACACGUAUCAAUUCGGUAGCAAUGGAAUGGAUAUUGACCUCGAUGCAAAAUUCAACGAAGCCAAUGGAAUUUAUCAAUUUGGCAAUAUGAGCAACAACAACUUUGGCAAUGAUGAGCAGUAUUCUAUGCUGGGUAUACCUAGUAAUUUGCGGAGCGAAAGUGCUAGCGGUGUCAAUACGGGUCUUGAACAGAGCGAAGAGCCGCCAAAGGAAUCGAUACACACCAACGCCGAUGCUGAUGAAGAAGGAGAAGACGAAGAAGACGAAGAAGACGACGACGACGAGGAGGAGGAGGAGGAGGAGGGGGAAAAGGAGCAGCAGGAGCAGGUGAAAGGGGAACAGGUGCAGCAAGGACAAGAACAACAGGAUGUUGCAAAUGGAGACGGAGACGAGAAAAUCGGAGGACAAGACAACAACGAGAAUAAUGGAAACGGAAAUGAGCCAGACAAGGCCAACGAUGAAGAUGAACGGAUGGCUGAGCCAGACAAAGUCAACGACGAAAAUGAACAGAUGGUUGAGCCGGACUUGAAUGAUCUAUUCAACGAUGGAGCCGAUAUGGACGACCAAGGAAUGGUCAAUGACGACAUUGGCGAUUUGUACAACUUUGACAACGGCGCAGAAGGCGACGAUGACCUCAUGGGGAACGGGGAAUUUGACCAAGAUUUCCUAAGUCAUAUCAACCUGGGUAUGGAUUAG